AUGGCAGAGGCUGCUCUUCUCCUUGUCACAACAAAGAUUGGAAUAGCGGUGGCGGCAGAAACGCUUCACUACACUAGGUCUGCUGCAAAACUCUCAGAGAACAUGACACUGAUAAGGAAUGACCUAGAGCUUAUUCGAGCAUUUCUCAAGGAGAUGGGAAAGAAAGCUUCGACAGAUGGAGUCACUGAAACAUGGAUUGGGCAAGUCCGAAGAUUGGCGUAUGAUAUGGAAGACAUUGUGGAUCAAUUUAUGUAUGUUGUUGGCAAACACCAUCAGAAAGGGUCAUGGUGGAUUUCUGUGAAGAAAAUCAUGAAGAAACCCCGGUAUCUGUUUACACAAGGUGAAAUCGCUACUGGCCUUGAGAAAAUAAACCGAGCCCUUACACAUCUUAAACAAAACAGAGACUGGACUCAACCAAUAGCCGGUAUGGGCGGUCUUUUUGCAACAAAUUAUGACAGCCAACAGCCACCAUAUCUUCCAGGACAUGAUUACUCAAUCUCUGAUGAUGAACUCGUGGGAUUUGAUAAAAAUAGAAAACAAUUGAUGGGGUCACUGAAUUUGGAAAAUUGUCUAAAUCUGCAAAUCAUUGCCGUGUGGGGUAUGGGUGGUAUCGGGAAAAGUACUCUUGUCAGUAAUGUGUUCAGAAAUGAAGCAUCCAACUUUGAAUGCCAUGCAUGGGUUUCCGUCUCUCAGUCCUAUAAACUAGAUGAUAUUUUGAGAAGAAUGCUGAAAGAAAUCUAUUCUAAAGACAAGAAAGAAUUUCAUGCUGAGAAGAUGACCUAUGGGGAGUUAAAAGAUGAAUUGAAGGAAAUCCUGAAGACAAAGCGGUACUUGAUCAUAUUGGAUGAUGUCUGGACAGCUGAAGAUUUUAGAAAAAUUAAAGAGGUUCUUGUCGAUGCAAAAAUGGGAAGCAGAAUAAUAAUCACAACAAGAUCUGAGGAAGUUGCUUCAAUAGCUUGUGAUGGUUGCAGGAUCAAAGUGGAGCCCCUUGAGGAGGAGGAUGCAUGGCGUCUAUUUUGCAGGAAGGCAUUUCCGAGCACUGAAAAUCACAUAUGCCCAUUAGCAUUACAAAAGUGUGGUAAAAUGAUAGUGGGGAGGUGUGAUGGUUUACCAUUAGCUCUUGUGGCCAUAGGGAGCAUAUUGUCUCUUCAACAAAAUACACAUACAUGA